CCUGCGCGGCCGCAGCGUCCGCCGCCGGUUGGGACGCGGGGGCCCGAGCUGCAGCGGGGACGGGCCGAGAUGGCCGCGUGGAGCGAGCGGCUGGCCGGCGUGCGCGGGGUGCUGCUGGACAUCUCUGGCGUGUUAUACGACGGUGGUGAGGGCGGUGGCGCGGCGAUCGCCGGCUCCGUGGAGGCGGUGGCGAGACUGAAGCGGUCCCGACUGAAGGUCAGGUUCUGCACCAAUGAGUCGCAGAAGUCACGGGUGGACCUGGUGGGGCUGCUGCGACGGCUGGGCUUCGACGUCUCCGAGGGCGAGGUGACCGCCCCGGCCCCCGCCGCCUGCCUGAUCCUGAAGCAGCGAGGCCUGCGGCCACACCUGCUCGUCCAUGACGGAGUCCGUUCAGAAUUUGAUCAGAUCGACACGUCCAACCCAAACUGUGUUGUAAUUGCAGACGCCGGAGAAGGCUUUUCUUAUCGAAAUAUGAAUAAAGCUUUCCAGGUGCUCAUGGAGCUGGAAAACCCCGUGCUCUUCUCACUGGGAAAAGGACGCUACUACAAGGAGACCUCUGGCCUGAUGCUGGACGUCGGUCCCUACAUGAAGGCACUUGAGUAUGCCUGUGGUAUCAAAGCCGAGGUGGUGGGAAAGCCUUCCCCCGAGUUUUUCAAGUCCGCCCUGCAAGAGAUGGGAGUGGAAGCCCACGAGGCCGUCAUGAUCGGGGACGACAUCGUGGGCGACGUGGGCGGUGCCCAGCGGUACGGGAUGAGAGCUCUGCAGGUGCGGACCGGGAAGUUCAGUCCCCAGCGUCGAGCCUCUCGCAGAGCACAGAUGUCUCAGCAAACAAAAAUAGAUCCACUCCAAGGAGGGCUGUGCGGGGCCGCAGACAUUCUCAUGCUCUCAGCGAAACCACGGGCUCCCUUGCCAAGCGCCCUCUGGGAGGAUGUUUGGAAAAAAAUGUCAAGGCGUUCAUUUUUCUCUCGACCUUUCCGGUUGAAAUUGCGGGGCCUUAACACUGGAAGUAAAAGAAGUUAUAAAUAAAGAGGCAGCCAAUGGCCAGGCCUGGCCCGCUCUCCCAACUGGCCAGCGACCCGGCUUCCCUGCAGCUGUUACUGAGCACACUGGGCCCCGAGGUGGCCCCGCCUCUGCCCGAGGAAGUUAAUGAUCGUUUCCAGAUAGCGGAGGGACCCAGAGCAAGGUUUCCACACCCUAGGACAGCCAAGAGCGGAGAGGCCUAAGGAGAGAGGGGGGCAGCAGAGGGCACGGCCCAGGAGGCCCCAGGGGGUGGGCUGCCCCUAGACUGUGUGGUCGGAAGACGCGACUGAGAAUGCUCGCUCAGUCUGUCCGGGAGUUGGGAAGUGUUGGUUCCUUACCGCCCCCUGGUUCUCUGCUGGCGCUGACCAUCUGCGCGAGGAAUCUGGGUGGGUCCGAGGGCACCUGCCGGUGAUGCGCCCCAGCUGGCUCCAACUGAGUUCAGUCUCCGGCACUCGCCUGCCUGUGGGUCCCAGGCUCCCGGCCAGGGGGCUGGCUGGCUGGCUUCCCCGGGGCCCACACCCUUCCAGGGCAGCCAGGACCUGAGCUGCCUGCCGAAGUGAAGACCACCCACCAAGGCCACAGAGGGGAUUUGGCGGUGGGGCCACGGGUGUAUCUGCUGGGGAAGAUGGUACUGUCAGCGCCGCCCCCACCCUCGGGGUUGGGGCGGGGGGCCGGGCUGGAGGCCGCCUUGUGGGGGGAGUUGUUUCAGGCAGGGUAAUGAGCAGUUCUGUCUUCGUCCUGGAGGAUAUCCUCCGGCAAGCCUGGUCUUGAAAGUGGUGCAGAGAGGUCGGGCCUUGGCAGUGCUGGGUUUCGCUGCCCUUUGCUCCUUUGGUGGUACUGACCGUUGUGGGGCUUGAGGGGGUCUGUGUGGAGUAUGUACCGCUGGCCCCAUGGAGUUUCUCUCCGGUCAGAGCUGCGUAGUGACUCUUUGCAGGAGUGUUGCUACCCCAGGGGCCAGCAAAACCGGAAGCCUCAGGGCUGGCAAGAUAGCAGCUUCGAGCAUGCAGCGAAGAGGCGUCAUAUCCACUUUCCAGGUCCUGGAUCUGGCUGGCAUCUUGUGCAGCAGCUCAGAGUCCCGACUUGACCACAACUUGUGGUCUGAAGAUAUAAACCCAGGUCUAGAUGUGCCAAGCAGCCAGUGAUGGUUUCAUAUACUCACUAGUUAGUUUUUCACGGGAGACAUUUUAUGUUGGUUUAAGAAUUUGUUUUUAAUUUUAUGAGUGUAAUAUGUUCAUAUUGGAAAAUUUGGAAAUCAUAAACCAUCUGAAAGAAGCAGCUCUAAAAGAACCCUUUUGUAAUCCACCAAUAACAUCAAUUAACAUUAUGACAUAUUUCCUUCCAGACCCCUCCUUCUUAAAGUAUUUUUAAACAUAAUUGAAAUUGUGUUUUAUGUACAGUUUUACAGCCUGUACUAGUCGGCUUUGAAAGAGGCUCAUCUGCAUUUUCAACAUGGGCUGCAGGGAGAAGACCAGAUUGCCGAAGUUUAGCUGAAGCCGGGGAAGGAGGAAGUCCAAAAAUAUCCUGCUUGUUGGCUUUGCACAAGGAACACCAUGGCCUCACGUUUUCCUUGUAGUAAAAUAAAGGCCCAAGUAGCCACAUGAGUGACCCCCGACCCCAACCAAUGGGCGCUUGGCGAUUAUGGUCACAGAGUGCAGGCUCUGCUCUUAGUCAGACCGAGGACAGGGAAGGGCCUGUCGUGUGGUGGGGGCUGCUGAGCCCAGCACCCUCCUGAGGAGCCCCUCGAGAGUUCUCCAGGGUCUUCUGCAAACCAGACACUUGACAGGGAGCUGAGGGGUCUUCUGUUAGACACCAGCUGCUGCUUCUCCCAAGGCCCACCCUGGUUACAAGAAGCAAAAAAAAAAAAAUGAACUUAACCAAGAAGAGCACUUGGAGAAACUUCUGCUUUGGACAAGAUGGAGUUGAAAUCCUUU